CGGAUUAAUCAAAAGCAAACUAGUUCACCCUGGGCGGAUCUGCACGGAUGCUGACACCUGUCGUCAACUGCACAGGGACCCCACAGUGAAUUCCUGUAGCAGCGGAAGUGAAAGCAACAUCGAUAUCUAUCUACAUCUCCAUACACCGCAGCAAUGACCUCCUUCUCCCACCUCAAUGACGCCGAAGAAAAGGCCAAGAUGCUCGGCGGCGAGCUCUACCAUGCCUUCGUCCCCUCGCUCGUCGCCGAGCGCGCACGCUGCAGCGCCGCCUGCCACGCUUUCAACUCGGCCAGUGGACUAUCCCGCGUCGAGCGUGCAAACAUGUGGAACGCCAUCACCAACACGCCCGCGUUUCCCGCCGACACGCCCGAAGACGCGCUCGAGAGCGAGCCCUGGGUCGAGGCGCCAGUCCACAUCGACUACGGAACGCACGUCACGUGCGGCGAGAACGUGUUCAUCAACUUCAACUGCACCAUCAUUGACACGUGCAAGGUGACCAUCGGCUCGCGCACCCUCAUCGGCCCGAACGUCUCGCUGUACACCGGGAGUCACCCGCUCGACCCCGAUGUAAGGAAGGGCACGGCCGGGCCCGAGUACGGCAAGGAGAUUCACGUUGGUGAGGAUUGUUGGAUUGGCGGGGGAGCUACGGUUCUUGCCGGAGUGACGAUCGGGAAAGGCGCGGUGGUCGGCGCCGGGAGUGUUGUUACCAAGGUGGGGGAUUCGAUUUUCGCGAGGAAGGGGGAUGAGUAAGAGGUUGUUGUGCUGAUGGCGCUGGGGGACUACAGGAUGUUCCGGAGUACGCAGUGGUCGCUGGAAACCCGGC